GCCGAGCGCCGCUUUUAAAAGAGAGGAGCGCUGCAGCGGAGCCGCAGCCUCAUCCCGCACACGCGGAGGGCGCAGUGUAGCAGAAAGCGGCGGCCGGGUCGGGCUGGGUCGGUGGCACGUCGGUCGGGGAAGGUCAGAUGUCACCACUGGGCCCCGUGCCAGCGCAUUCUUGGUGGACCAGACGCUAUAUCUCGCCCUCCGCUGGGCUGGUAUAAAGCCGGCGAUUGUCCGAGGGGGUCCAUUGUCGGGGGCUGUCCGAGUCUGAGAACACUCCAAAGGCACUCCGAGGUAAGAUGCAGACCAGAACGACAGCGAUCAACGCCAAGUGGGAUAAGCCGAAGUCAAAGAUCACGGCUUCCCGCAAGCUCUCCUUAAAGAUGCUGCUCCUGACGAGGGCCUGCGAGGAUCUGGAGAACGAGAGGCAGGAGAGGGAGGAGGAGAAAGUGCGCUACCUGGAGGAGAAGCUGCCUCCUCUGCAGCUGUCUGGGCUGUCGCUGGACGAGUUGCAGAACCUGUGCAAGCAGCUGCACACCAAGAUCGACGUGGUGGACGAAGAGAGAUACGACUGUGAAUCCAAAGUCAACAAGCACAACAUCGAUAUCCGUGAGCUGAAGCUGAAGGUGCAGGACCUCGGGGGCAAAUUCAAAAAGCCGGCCCUGAGGAAGGUGAGGGUGUCCGCCGACGAGAUGAUGAGGGCCCUCCUGGGCUCCAAGCACAAGGGCUCCAUGGACCUCCGCGCCAACCUCAAGUCUGUCAAGAAGGAGGACGUCAAACAGGACAAGGUGCUGACGAGCGAAGUGGGCGACUGGCGCAAGAACGUGGAGGCCAUGUCGGGCAUGGAGGGCCGCAAAAAGAUGUUCGACACGGGCGGCGCCGCGCAGUGAGCGCGAUUCCGAAGACGGGGUCCUGGCUUGGGAAAACGUAGGAACGAGCCUUCCUGUUUGACGGACACUUUUUCAAAUCACUUCAACUUUACGCAGGAUCCCUUUUGUAUUGCUUCGUAGGGGGAA